GUUAUUUUUUUAUUUUUGACCUUUCAAAAAUUUUAUUUCUUUUGUAUUUUUGAACAAAAAGAUAAUGAUUAUUUUAUAAAUAUUCGUCCGUUUCAGUUGUAUAGAAAUGAAAUGAGUGUGGCUCCUUUUACGGUAGAAGUUGUGUUAGUUUGUCUCGUCACUUUAUAUGUAUUACAUCAAUAUGGGAAUUUAAGGAAGCAGCAUUAUAUUGUUACUGGCGCUGUCUUUAUUUCAUGGUUCUUUUCAUUCUUGAUUAUUUUUGUUUUGCCUCUUGAUGUAUCCUCUGUAAGUACCUAGCUUUGAACUAUGAUUAUGAUAUUCUUGAAGUACAGUAUCAAAAUAUAUAUUAAUAAUAUAUGAAAUACAGGAUCAAAAUAUACAUAUUAUAUAUAUUAAAAACAAUAUGUAAAUUAAUAUUAACAACUGCAUUGAUAAGCAUUGUUUGUGGAUAAUGGGGUGCUAGCUUAUCCAGGGGCUUCCACUUCCGAAGCCAGCCCCAGGCCUCAUGGCUGGGACAUCCCUGCAAUCAGCCAAGAGCCCCCAAACACCUGACUGCAUUCCACCUUUUCUCGCCACCAAAGAUUCACACCAGAAAUUCAGCUUUAAAACUAGAUCUGCCAAAGACUAUCUAAAGUCAAGUUACAUGUGCCAAAGGUGCAAAAAUUUCAUCUUAAGGUGUGUUUACACGCUGCGAUUUGUCAGGACGAUUUUGCUCACUCUAUGUAAAUAACCUGUCGCGAGUACUCACGUCAGCACCUUGCGAUUCACAAAAUCAGGAGAAAAAUCUGUAGCAAAGCACAGAUUUUUCUCACGAUUCAACGAUUUUUCUUCCAUUGUAAAGUUGUUGAAAUUUUUUUGCACGCAGAAAAUUAUAAUAUGAACAGACGAGAGAAUGGACAGCUUCAAUUGAACGUUUAAAUCACCAAAUGUCAAAGAAGGGGCAACGAUUAUUUGCCAAAAUUGGCCUGACAAAUCGCAGCGUGUAAACGUACCUUUAUUAGUUCGACAAGACGACAACUUGGACAGACAGUUCAUAAACGGAGUAAUUUAUGGGAAUGCUGAAUAUUUAUUUAAAAUGACAAAAUUGAACAGCGCAAGUAGAAAAGUUUGUAAACAAGUUAAGAAAGAAAGGGACUUUAUUUAAUAAAAUAAUCAUAUAUUAUUCAAACAUGAAUUAAUAUUCAUUGGUAUAUUUGUGUAUCCGCCAUUUUUCUAGACUGCACGCCGCCAAAAAUAGUUGAAGAGCUAAAAUGUAUGCCAAAAUAUGCCGCCAAAACUCAGUAGAAAAUUUUUCCCCGCCAAUGAUCUUUGGUGGGAGGGGCCUGGAAUGCAGUCGGGCGGUCAAACAAACUAGACCCAAGACAGCUAUCACACUGACUGAAUCAGUGAAAUAAAAGGGGCCAUGACUGCCGAGUCCCCCCCCCAAAAAAGUAUAAUAAUAACUAAAUAUGUCCUAACUGUACAAACCAACUUCCCACCUCAAUAUGCCAUACUGAGCAGUAUUAACCAUGUCACAGACUGCCAUGCUUGCAGGGCCGUAGCGGGGGGAGGGGGGUGUAACACCCCCCUGAUGAUUGCUCAUAUGAGCAAUUUCGAUCAGGUAAUUCCUAGGACCAGAAAAAGUAAAUUUACAAAACUAACUGUCAAUUUGGAAAAAAAAUAAGGUAUAUUUACAAAAAUUUUAGAAAAUCGAAGUAAUUUUCAGAAUUUUAGAAAAUUUUUUUUGAUAAGCUUAAGAUUUAAGAUUUUGCAAGCCGGGUGGGUUGACUACAAAAUUUUUGUAGUUUGCUAUAACUACAGCUACUUCAAAAAUAUGUAGCCAGCUAUAACUACUGCUACUUUUGAACAAAGGUAGUUCGCUACUGACUACAGCUACCGCUCAAAAAAUGUAGCGAACUAUUUCGCUAUUUCGCUACUCUAUAUUUUUUAGUUUUACGGUAUUUGGAGCAUCCACUAGCUCAGACUGUAAUAUAAACUAUUAGGCUUGGGCGAUUUUGCUUGAAAUCAAAACCGAAAAACCGUCUGAUUCUAAACCGGUAAAACCGGAAAACCGUUUUUUUCCGUUUAAUUUUUAUUUCAACUGAAUGAGGAAGAAUUGUGGUAUUUCUUUGACAUAAGCAAACGAACAGUCCAUGGCAAAACGCAACAUUCUGCAAAGGUAACCUAAAACAACUUCAGUUUUAAAAUAAAAGGGUCAAGAAUGCAUUUGAAAACUUAUACCUCUUUAGUUCUUACCGACUUUGCGGAAAAGAAAUGAAUUUGUAUCUAGUGUCAUGUAAUUGAGUUUGAUUAGUGUCAUGUUUUGAGAAUUAAGAUCGAGUUUCAGGCGAUGACAGUAAACAAUUACGUAAUGACGGUUUUCCGGUUUUUGUAAAAGCUAACCGAAAAAAAACGAAAAACCGGUAAACCGCCCAAGCCUAUAACCUAUAACAAAUCGACUUACGAGUGGCAACAGUAAACAAAAAGGGUCAAAGCAACAUUUUUGUAAGCACUACAGUGUUCAGGAGUGCCACUUUUUCAGGGGUGCUGGAAGCAAUGUGAAGCGGCAGGGCAGCCAAUUCGAAAGGGCAGUUGCUUCUCAGCCAUCAUUUUUCAGAGCGGCAAUAUUUGUUAAAACUUUACUGUACGGAUACUCGAUUACUUGUGGCUAUUAUGGGUCGGCAAACUUUGACAUUAAUUUUCAACAAUUUUAUUCGUUGCACCGUGCUAAUGGUGCAAAAUAAAAUCAGCAAACAGACGUAUAUUGCUUGAUUUAGCAUUAAUUUUACUGCAACUGGUUAAAGAUUAAGCAAAGAUUCCAAUUCCUGUGAUAUAAAUUCCAAUUCCUGUGAACAGCACACAAAUUUCGAAAUGUGCAAUUCUGGUAAAAAGGGCAACCUGUUGCCUCUGUGCUGCCCCCGCACUGUUUGGGCAAUGGGGGCAGUUGCCCCCACUGCCCCCGUGGCUCCGGCGCCCCUGCACUUUUCAUUGCGCUAAAAUAAUCUUUACAGUAUAAAAUAAUCUUUUUUUUGCAAACCGUGUCUUAAUAGCCCUUAAAAUCAUUCUAUUCUAUGAACGGUUGCUAACAAUUUUAAAAAGUAGCGAAUAGCGAUUCGCUGUUUGAAAAGUAGUCAACUACUUGGCUACUUUUAGGCAAAAUGUAGUUUGCUAUAACUACAGCUACUGUUUUGAAAAAGUAGUCAAAAACUACUGGCUACUUGAAAAUAGUAGUUCGCUACAGUAGCGAACUACAACUACUUCGCUACUAUACCCACCAUUGAGAUUUUGUGAGCAACUUUGUAAUAUUGUGUGACAACCAAAUUGCUCUGAGCAACUUUCAAGGGCUUAAUUUUGACAAGUUACCACCCAGAAGGCGGUUGCAAUAUUCUGCGAGCAAUUUAAUAGUCAACAUUGCAAUAUUGUGGUGCAAUAGAACAUCUGGUUUGACAGUAAAAAUAGAAGCUUGACCGGAAAGUUUGUACAUGCAACAGAGAUCUCAGGUGCAUGUUUGCUUUUUCUAUGUAUUUACCAAUAAUUUUUUUAAGAUCUCAGGUGCAUGACUUUCAGAGGCCGAUAUAUAACAAUAUAAUAGACUGAAAUUGUCUGGUGUUGGAAUUAAAUAAUAAAGUAGGGCACAAUGCAAGUUAAUGGGGUUAACUAGACACAUAGGCAGGUAGUCUGAUUAAGUGCCAGUACUCCCUCUCGUCUGGUGUUGGACAAAAUAAAAUAAUAAAUUAUAGGGUCAUGCAUUAGGGCCCACAAUGUUUGUCUAAAACUCUCGCAUGCAACCGGCUUAUAACUUGAGUUAUACUGUACUACUGUGGAAAUCAAGUACACAACUCACCUACCACAACAGUUUUAGGCAAAAGUUGUGUAGUGUAAAUCAGCCUUAAUGCAAAAACCUGUAUGUUUGACACUACACCUGUACAUAUGUUUAUUAAAUGUGACACUUAAUGUUUAUUAAAUUUUUUAUACUGUUUUAAUGUAGUAUCAUUCCCAGAGCGUUAUAAAUUAUAAUUACAAUUAGUUUUGUUCUUAUUUUAAGACAUUUUAUCGCCAAUGUCUAAAAGAGUAUGGUACACCAGAAAUCAACUCUCACUCUACACCACGAACAAAUGGAUCAACUACGACUGCAAAACCAACUCAUGUUUCAAAUAACACAUCUCAUUAUAUGCCAUGUCAAAAACCUUGGAGUUUUAUGCCAGAAGAUGUUCUUCCUAAUCUUUGGCUUGUCGUUUACUGGUCAUCACAAAUAUUAUCCUGGUAAACAUUUAAGCUACUGUAUCACAGCCUUAAUUUUGUAUAAAAAUAAUUAAAGUUGACUAAUAGUAUAUACUAGUUUAUAGUAAUAGUAUUCACGAGAGUUAACCAAUCAUGAUCAUGUAUUUUACUAGUAUUUAUUUAACUACAAAACAGGUAGUUAAAAUCUAGUUAUAAGUCUUUUAUACUAAAGCUGCGAAUGUUGAUUUUCAGACUAUUCGACUAGACGUGUAUACAGAAUAUGUCACACGCUGCAUGCCAAUUCUCACUUCCAGAGCAUGUAAUCACUUUCUCCACCACCAAGAACACAGAGUUUGCUUACACUCCCUCACAUUGCCAGUGUCUCCUGACCUUGUUCUGCUGCAAUUAGCUAGUCUGAGUUCCCCAAUAGUUUCCCGAUACAUUGUGUUUAUGCAUAAAGGGAGCUUUAGACUUGGCUAUGUCUACGUGCUAGUAAAUUUGUUAUUUGGAUACGCUAUACUCAUAUACAAUGCUACUGUAUAUCAGCACUGAUGCACCUUUGUGCAGUCAAACUAUUUUUUGACUGGUCUGAAUUUUUGGAGCAUUGCUGAUUACAAAAUUAAACUGCAGACUGUCAAGAUUUGCAGUAUUGAUUGCGCAUUACAUCGAAAUAUCCCGUUUCAUGCAAUCAAUUCGUAAAAUUUUGAUUUUUGGAAGUUAAAUGUAUGCAAGUCUUAGUUCAGUUUGUUUAUAAUCCACUUUUUUCUUUAGGAUUGUAUUGCCAAUUAUGCAGUCAUAUUCAUACGCUGGUGAUUUUACAAUAAAAGGCAAGAUCAAGACUGCUUUGUUCGAAAAUGCCCUUUGGUAUGGUAGUUAUCUCAUCAUCUUUAUUGGAUUAUUGCUAUAUGUUGUCUUUCAUCCAGAUCUUCAUCUUAAUGGGUAAGUAAUUGACUUUCAGGGUGCGAUAAUUCGCGUACCUGUACUUUUAAGUACCUAAACUGGAGGUACGCCAAUAUUACGGUCUGGUACUUCUUUGUUUUCAACCAAGUACCACGUGCAUAGGUACUGUACGCGGAACUCUUGCUAUCUGCGUACUUACUUUUUGCUGGUACCACAUGACCUUUCCAAGGUAUUCAAUACCGUAAUUUAGUUGGUUUAUUUUGUGUCUGAGAUGUCUUGCUAUGAAACCUGAUUGGACUGAUGGCACUAAGAAACAUUGGAGUCGAUUGUUUGUAUGUGCAAUUGUGCUUCUUUUUCUACCUCGUAGUCUGAACAUGCUUUUCGGAAACCUGCACUUUAUGAACCGUAUUUUAAAGACUAAGUACACAUUAAGUACUGAGUUUGUGCAAGUACGCGGCAACAACCAUUGGCGUACCAGCCAGGUAGGACUAAAAAUCUUGAAUGAUCGCACCCUGGACUUUAUGUUUCUCCAGGCACUUGCUUGAUCAGUUUAGAUAGUUAUAGUUUAACUUAGUUUAAUAGUGAGCUUAUUUGUUUGUUUCCGAACAUUUUACAGAACACAACUAAAGUUGAUUGGUAUUACAGCUUCCAAUACCUGGAGUCUGCUCUUGCUAGUGUUCCUCAUGGGAUAUGGCUUAGUUGAAGUGCCUAGGACAGUAUGGCAUUCUUCAAAUCUGGAAUAUCAGCUUGCUCAUGUUUAUUUCAAAGUUUCCAAGAUGAGCACAGAGAAAGAGGAAGCUGAAGAGAAAUUAAAUGAAGUCCUCACUGUAAGAUAUUCGAAAUGAGAGAAGUUUUCAUUUGAAUUCAGUAACUGUCGGAACAUGAGUGAAGAACUAUAGGAGAUCGAGGAGUUUGAUUUAAGACCGUAACGUUUUCGAGUUCGCAUAAACGUCCUUGGAAAUCGAUGUUUCUAAUUACAAACUACAUGUAAACAGUGUAUAAACACUACAAAAUAUGUUCUAUAAUCAUUUGAAAGUUUAAUGAAACGAUACCACAAGAGAUUCGUAGGUAACUGCGUUUACAAAAAAUUGGUGAAUUUACGAAUUGUAUCUACCUUAAAUUAUUAAUUACGUUCACGUUAAUGGGGUUAGCUUUUCAAAAGAAUUUCUGCAUGCCAAUACUUAUGAAAACGCAGUUUUUUAGCAAACACUGUUUUAUUUAUAAAACAUCCCCAUAUUGGAUAAUGGUUUUCUUAAGAACUAAACAACUUCCUUGUUCCGAAGGGGACGAUGAGUUUCUAAAACACUCUUUAACAGUUCAGCUUAUGUGAUAAAUGUGUUGCUAUGUAAUUUCUCAUUAGGACGUACGGAAAGCAUGCGAGUCCAUCAGAUAUAAUCAUCGAUUCAGAAAACAUCUUGAAGUUAUUAUUAGUAAAGUAAGUGACAGUAUAAAUUGUUGUUUUUGGAUGCACUGUACACUACUUGGUAAUCGUAAACACAUGCACCAGUGCAUGUAGUUGGUGUUAAUGGCCCACCCUGUUUUGACAAGUGGUGAUUUUAAAUAAUCACUCGUACCGUGAACCUUAAACGUAUUGUACUUGUCCUUACAUAAGUGCCUGGCCCUGAGAUUGUAUAAAAAUGUAGUUAAAGUUAACUACAGUUAGUUAACCAAGCGAAAGUUAACCAAUCAGAAUUGCGUAUUUUAAAGUUAACUACUAUUUAACUACAAAAUAGUGGUUAGAAAGUAUUUAAUAGUUUCAAACAACCAGCCUUGUUCUGUAACACGUAAAUUACGGUUUUUACAAAUUAUUGCUCUGUCAGUUCCAAAACAGUCUUUCUAUAGAGGUCCGAUAAAGCCACAUACAGACGAGCAAGUUUCCCUUGACAAAUUUUAUUUGCUCGUGUGUACGGCACAAAAAUUGACAACUUUUCCUUGCCAAGGACCCUUUUUCCAAAGCUAGUCAUGCCAGCUCUUGGAGAAGGAAAAUUUGUUCAUGUGUAUACGGCCGCCAACAAAAACUUGACAAGCGUACAAGAAAUAGGGUAAUGCGGGGCAAAAUGAGACACCUAAGGAUAUUUAUUGUUGUAGAAUGGAAGGCACAGCAAUUUGAAAUUUCUUUUUGACUUGGGUAUGUGAGGUUCAUUCACAGCAAGAUAUGUAAAGCAAAAAAAAAUGUUUGAAAUAAUUUAUUUACGAUGAAUUGGGGAAAACCUAACAGUGGUAAUUGUCUCAUUUUGCCCCGGCACAGUGGGGCAAAAUGAGACAGGGCUAAAUUUGCAUUCCGUGCACACGAGCAACAAAACUUGUCAAGGAAAAUUUGUUGACCAUGCGCACGAGAAGGUAAACCUGUCAAGCAAACGUGUUAAGGAAAACGUGCUCGUCUGUAUGAGGCUAAAGAGUAAUCCACAUACAAUCGGUCCAAAAUACAACAACCAACUAGAGAGAACCACAAUACCAGGAAUUACCUGAAAAUACCUACGAACCACCAUCAGAGACAUUGAAUGAACAUGUACGUACCACUGUGCCAGUAAUACCAAUAUGAAUUGAUUUUAUAGCUUGUCAAUCAUGUCCUAAAUGUCUCUGUCCUUGCUCUAUAUAAAACCAUACCUCUUACUCUAUAUUAAUUAUAUUAAUAAUUAUGUUAAUAUCUACACUACAUCCCUCCCUUUUUUUGCUUGCGUACUUCGGGAACGAUAUCAACCGUAUAAACAACAAAAUAUGAAUAUACAGGGUGUAUCAAAAAGUAGACAAUUUUGAAGGCUCUCAAUUUCACAAAUCUGUUCAUUUCAUGAAAUGUUUGAUAAAUAUAGAUUAUUUGGGUACUUAUAAUGUAUAAUAAACAAGAUAUAUUUUUGAGUUCAUGGGCGAGAAAUUGUGAUGUGUUUUAUUAAGGUAAUUCCGCAGUAAUUGUUCCCGAAAUGAGAAUGUGCUGAAACUUCCCAGGCAUGGAGUUUAUGAUAUACUUAAAGUAAAUCGCACAAAAAAGUCGGGGUCACCGAACUCGUUAAGAAGAUAUGACAAUCACAAUAUACCACCUUUACCCCCAAUAUGGCGCCAUCUUGACGCUCAUUACGAGUAACAGCAAAAUCACAACAGCCCGAUAUUUAUUGACGUUUUUAGCGCCGAUUUUGCUCAGUAAACCUAUCUUGUAAUUAUUUUUGAAAAACUAUUGUGUUUUGAGCAAAAUGGAAUUACUUACUUUUCUAUUCUGAUCCAUAAACGUCUUUUCCACAUUUCUUUACAUAUUUUUCUUUGAGAACAUGCAUUGAUAAAGCAUUUUUUUUCAAGAUCCAGAAAUGAUUUUUUUUUCAAUUUCGGAUAUGAAAUGUGAAAUGCAUUAAAGAAAUAAAUUAUCAGUUAAAAAACGGGGGUCACCGAUCUUUUUAGGGAAUUGUGGCAUAAAAAUGUGAAAUACAAGUAAAUAAAUAUACUACAGACACAGGGAACCCUAGCUACACUUUUGUAUGCCUUUUUUGAAAACAUUGAUUUUAACGCAAUUCUUUGCACGAAUGUAACCAAAGAUGUUUUGAAGUAACGUAAAAUUGUCAUAAAAUGAUAUUUUGUUUUAAACGGUACGUAUAAUGGAUGAAAUUAUCAGUUAUAAGAUGUGCGCAGUAAAAGUGCGCAAUGCAAAACUGCGGAAUUACCUUAAUGGUCCAAAUAUCAGAACAUUUACUCCAUUUUAAGUCCUUUAAAUCGCUGCUGAAACUUUCAUUUUUCGGCACCAAUCAGGGUUGCCAGAUUGCUGAAUAAAUAAGCCAAACAUUGUUAUAAGCGGCCCUUUGAUGUCUUUGUUUCCAACAAAGAAAACAAAAGGUUAUUAUAAUAAUAUUUGGCUUAUUUAUUCAGCAAUCUGGCAACCCUGGCACCAAUGCCUAUCACGCAUGCUUAAUUCCUGCAUUUACAGUACCUAAUUUGCAUAUUGGUAUUGUAAAAAAGUAAAAUAACUAUAUGCAAAUUAGGUAAAUGCAUUAAUAUCAUUACUACACUACAGUGUCCAGACAGGGAUCAAGAAACAUUUAAUCGAGGAACUGAUGAUUAUGUUGAUUAUGAAGAUGGAAGAAGUGAAAGAAUGCGAGAAAUAUACGAAGAAAAAGAUCUUGUCAAAUUACACAGACAGGUGAUCGCCCAGACUCAGGUUACGAGGAAGGCAAGAUGGUAAUUAACGACUUCUUUCUUAUUUCCAUUUAUGUAGGAGGGUCCGCUCUUUUUGCGUAUCGCCUCUGUGUAACUUGAUCUCUUGCAUCAUCCUCCGUUACUCCAAUUCCUUUUAUAAUUUUCGUAAUUCCAUCACUCCAUUUAUCCUUUAUCCUGGAAUUAUUUUUCCUCUUACAGGUUCCUUUCAUGCUCUCUUUGCUAACUUUCUUGCACCUAUUCUAAUCUCCAAACCAUUCCAUUCUCAUUGUACCAUUUAAUCCUAUCUAGUACACGCUACCAUGCAUGCUUCAGUUUGCCUUGGGUAAGCGAAAUUGUUUAUUUUACAGCCAAUGGAACCGUGUUAUUGAGAAAGCGUUUUACUUGGAAGAUUUGGAAAAGAAUACAAGAAAUCGAGAAAGGUACACAAGAACAUGUUAUUCAUAUAACAUCAUUCUAAAUUGCGUACACAUUGCUUAAGUCUGUUAUUCUCAAUAAUUAGGAUUAAUAUGUACAUAUAUUAAUAUGUCAAAAUUGUUUGAAUAUAGACCAACUGUACACAAUCCCAUAUCGUCAGAUAAUCGCUAAUAUAUUUGGGAUAUAAAGUUUAUAAAACAAUUUUUGUAUUUAGAGUUUACAAGUCAGCGCUAGAUAGACAUAACAUUUUGAUCAGAUUGCCACCUUCAUUUG